AUGUUUGAUGAGCACGCCCUUCACUCCUUUCCUCCUCCCUUCACUCCUUUCCUCCUCCCUUCACUCCUUUCCUCCUCCCUUCACUCCUUUCCUCCUCCCUUCACUCCUUUCCUCCUCCCUUUACUCCUUCCCUCCUCCCUUUACUCCUUUCCUCCUCCCUUUACUCCUUCCCUCCUCCCUUUACUCCUUUCCUCCUCCCUUCACUCCUUUCCUCCUCCCUUCACUCCUUUCCUCCUCCCUUUACUCCUUUCCUCCUCCCUUUACUCCUUCCCUCCUCCCUUUACUCCUUUCCUCCUCCCUUUACUCCUUCCCUCCUCCCUUUACUCCUUUCCUCCUCCCUUCACUCCUUUCCUCCUCCCUUCACUCCUUUCCUCCUCCCUUUACUCCUUUCCUCCUCCCUUUACUCCUUUCCUCCUCCCUUCACUCCUUUCCUCCUCCCUUUACUCCUUUCCUCCUCCCUUUACUCCUUUCCUCCUCCAUUUACUCCUUUCCUCCUCCCUUUACUCCUUUCCUCCUCCAUUUACUCCUUUCCUCCUCCAUUUACUCCUUUCCUCCUCCCGUACCUGCACCGUCAGCCGCACUUGGAGGGAUGAGCGUCGUGGUUUGCAUGUCAGCAGCCAUGGGGAGGCCGAGGAUGGAAACAAGCCCCACCACGGCGGCCCAUGUUGCUGGCAGGCCUUCUCCUUCUGGGCCUCUGUGUCCCGCCCCACUCGCACCGAGCACCCACGCUUCGCCACACCCUAUAGGAAAAGGGACAACGGGACGAAAUCAGUAUGA